UUUAAUCUUUGGAGUUUUCUGCUUUGACUGCUGCUGGACCCCUUUUGAUUUCUGUAUUUUUCAGAUUGUCUGAGCUGCAGAGCUCGUCCGUGCACAGUGCGUUUGUGCAGCAGCUGUGCUCCGUGUGUGUGUGUGUGUGUUAUUCACAGUGCUGCUAUGCAGACAGACUGGAGCCACUCUCACAGCCACAGGCUGCGCACGCGCCUGCGUACAGACCCCAGGCGCGCUCCAGCGGCCCGGUCCGUGCACGUGUUCCUAAUGUGAGGCUGCUGCAGACAGACUGGAGCCACACAGUCUGUGUGAUCCUCACUGAGCUUUGGCUCUGACACUUUUCUUUCAUUUCAGUUUCAGUCUGAAAAGAACCUCCAGACUCUGUUUUCAGCCAACUGUUGGUUGAUUUGUGUGCAGAAUUAUUCAGAAACUAACUUCUGAAAGAAGCAUAGCAGCCAGGACUAAAUAACAGCAGUGAUUUCAUUCUCUUGGGUUUCAUGAUUUGUUCGACCAGAUCAUCUGAAAAGUGGAUUGUUUCUCUGUUGUGUUGUUGAGUGCAGCUGAUUUUCAACAAGUUUCAAUGUUAUUUCUGGUGAAGUUGUUCCGAUAAGUGUUCAAAAAUGAAGAACCCUCAUAUUAUGAGUCAUCCUUGGAAUGGAUUGAUUAAGAACACGACUCCGGCGCUGAUAACGAUGCCAGGAGGCAACAAGAAGUUCAAGAGGAAGUCAAGAGAGCCCAGGAGGAUUUUCAGCAGCAUUGAAGCAGAGGCGGUGAGAUCGGUGGACGUGGAUGUGGACGUGGACGAGCCCCCGGUGGAGCAGUGUGGCGGCAGCAGGCUGGCUCCGCUACACAGACAGAUGACUGGAGCACAGGAGGUGAUGUCCAAUGCAGCAGGACUUACAGGAGGCAAAGCCGCUGCAGCUCCGAGCGCAGCCAUAGACAUGAGGAUCGGCAGUAACAUUCCUGCCAUCGUUUCCAAACUGUCCCACUUACCUGCCUCUUCCUUUGCUGACCCGGAGAUUUGCCACUGGCCCCCGUCCAUCUCCCAGCCGCUGUCAAACAGACUCAAACUGGGCUUUCACUCCACUUUUCCCCUUUCGACUACAACCAGCAAGAGCAAGUCACCGCUGCACACCGUCCCCCUGGACUCCACGCUGACGGUCCAGACGGCAGGUCUGCCUGCGUCCGCGGCCUCCCAGGGCGAUGACCAGGCUGUGGAGCACCACGUGCAGCUCCUUAAGGAGUCGCCCAGGAAGCGGCUUGGCGGGAGCACUGAUGGAAGUGGGCACGUUCCAGAGUUCAAAGCUAUUCAACAAACCAGGAGGCUUUUGGCCAACGCUCGAGAAAGGACUCGUGUCCACACUAUUAGUGCUGCGUUUGAGGCCCUGAGGAAGCAGGUGCCCUGCUACUCUUACGGACAGAAACUUUCUAAGCUGGCUAUAUUACGUAUCGCCUGCAACUACAUCGUGUCUCUGGCUCAGCUGGCUGAGCUGGACUACAGUCCAGACCACAGCAGUCUGAGCUUCUCUCAGUGUGUGGAGCAGUGCACCAGGACGCUGCAGGCCGAAGGGAGGAGCAAGAAGAGAAAGGUUGGGAGGAUUCCAGAAGACGCGUGAAGCUGCAGAUCUUCUCCACGGGCUCGUGAAGCUCAGCUGGUCUCUCUUUCUGACAGAGUCCUCUCGUUCGUUGGAGCGGCGACAGCAGCCAGCUGUCGUCCAUCGAGCUUUUGUAUAUUGUCUUUAGUGAUCAUGAUGAGUAAACCUAGUUCUGAUUGUUUCUUUUUAAAACUGGAAAAUUAAUUUUUUUUUUUUUUUUUUUUUUUUUUGUUAAAAUGUAGAUUUUUGAGUUUAUUUCGAUGUGCUGAAUGACUUAGAAGACAUUGUUUUUUUUUUGUUUUUUUUAAUUCUUUAUUUACAUUUUGCAUAUAAUAACAACACAGUGUCUCAGCAAACAUUAAAGAUCUGCUCCAGAAAAUUCAUUUCAACAAAAGAGAGCUCCUCACAGAGACAGACACACAACGGCAGGCUGAAUAGUUCUAAGGCUCCCCAUGAAGGAGUAAUGCAUUAAGUGCAUUCUAGUGCACUCUAGCAUAUCUCGUCAAUAGUUUUACAUCCUCAUUGAAGACAACUUUGGAUGCUGUAGCUCCUCUGAAAAAGAGAGCUUUAAAUCAGAAGUGUCUGACUCCGUGGUAU